AUGGACGACGUCGCCACCGCCGCCGAGCAACCCGCCGUCCCCUCGUCCACGAUGCAGCGCGAAGAAGACGCGAUGCAGCGCGCCCGCGAGAAACGCGACGCGGCGCGCGAACAAAAACUAGCACGAGAACGACGGCGCGACGUCGACGGCGGCCCGGAUGCCGUCGACACCAAGUUCAAAGCGCUCGAAUACCUGCUCAGCCAGAGCAAGCUGUACAGCUCCAUCAUGCUGGCGCAGAUGCAGCAGCAAGAACAGCAGGAGAGCGCGAGAGACGAGAAGGCGGCGAAGCGGGAGAUGAAGAGGGAAGAGAAGGCCGAGAAGGUUGCGGAGGAGGGCAUGAGGAGGGCGACGAGGACGAGGGCCGGGGUCGGCGAGGUGCAGGAAAAGAAGCUGCCGACGAGGGGGAAGGCGAGGGGGAAGAAGGCAGCGGCGGCGGCGGCGGAUAAGAAGGGUGCUGAGAAUAAGAUUUCUAGCUACUUCAAGAAGGAGGAUGUCGAGGCCAAGGCUGGGAAGACCAGCGUGUCGGACGCGUUGCAGGAGGCUGCCGAGGCGGAUGUCAAAUCCGCGGACGUGGGCAUCCAGAACCUUCGUUCGGCGCGGCAGCCGGGUUUGGUCACGGGUGGUACGAUGAGGUCGUAUCAGCUCGAGGGGCUGGAGUGGCUAACGUCGCUUUAUGAAAACGGAUUGAACGGCAUCUUGGCGGAUGAGAUGGGUUUGGGUAAGACGAUUCAGACCAUCGCAUUUCUGGCUUUCCUCAGGGAGAAGGGCGUCUAUGGGCCUUUCUUGAUCGCGGCACCAUUGAGUACGACGAUGAACUGGGUGGAGGAGGUGCGGAAGUGGGCGCCCACGAUUCCGGUUGUGCUCUACCAUGGCAGUAAGCAGGACCGCGAACAGAUCCGCCAGACCAGGUUGAAGAACCCGGGCUCUCCUCAGUUUCCGAUCGUUGUUACGAGUUACGAGAUUUGCAUGAACGACCGUAAGUUCCUUGCGAACUUUGGAUGGAAGUUCAUCAUCAUCGACGAAGGACACCGCAUCAAGAACCUCAACUGCCGUCUUAUCCGCGAGCUUCAGUCUUACCAAUCGGCCAAUCGUCUGCUCAUAACCGGUACGCCGUUGCAAAACAACCUCCAAGAACUCUGGUCUCUCCUUCACUUCCUCAUGCCCACAAUCUUCGACAAGCUGGAAUCAUUCGAAUCCUGGUUUGACUUCUCUGCGCUCAAAGACCGCCAAGGCUACGAACAGAUCUUCUCCGAGGAGCGCAAGCAGAAGCUUGUGGCCAGCCUGCACGCCAUCUUGAAGCCAUUCCUACUCAGGAGGGUCAAGGCUGAUGUCGAGAAGUUGAUGCCUCGGAAGCGCGAGUAUAUUCUCUACGCCCCACUCACUCCAUUGCAACGUGAACUCUACCAGGCCAUCCUUGACGGGACCAGCCGACAGUAUUUGGAGGACAAGGCAGUCGAGCAGAUGAGUAGCAACACUGGUACACCUCGAAGCUCCCGCAGCACUACUAGCCUCAAACGCAAGGCCAUCAACAGCGACUUGGCCACACCGAACAAGAGCACCAAGACGAGCCGCGAAGUCACGCCCGCUUCCGCCGCAGGUAGCGGUCGUAGCCGUCGCCGCGCAGCCGCUGGUCGCAAGACAUACGAAGAGGUCAGCGAUACGAAAUACUUCCGGGAACUAGAGGCCGCCACGGAGGACUCGGACGCCACACCCGAGUCCCGCUCAACCCCGGACACGGAAGUUGAGGAGGAGGACAUGCGGGCCGCCACGUUGGCCAUGGCCAAGCGGCAGAUCGGUGCAAAGAAGCUGCAGAACCCGGUCAUGCAGCUCCGGCUGUGCUGCGACUCGCCGUACAACUUCUUCAGCCCCUUUGUCGACCCGACGACGGGCGAGGAGGGCGAACCGGACGAGACGCUCGUCACGACGUCGGGCAAGAUGCUGCUGCUCGACGCGCUGCUGCCCCGGCUAUUCGACGAGGGCCACAAGGUGCUCAUCUUCAGCCAGUUCAAGACGCAGCUCGACCUGCUCGAGAGCUACGCCGAGGAGCUGCGCGGCUGGCGCACGUGCCGCAUAGACGGCAGCGUCAAGCAGGAGGAAAGACAGAAGCUGAUCAAAGCCUUCAACAAACCCUCGACCGCGGCGGCCAGCCCCGCCCCCGCCCCCGCCUCUUCCAGCAAACAGAACAACAACAACACCCCCACCUCGAAGAGCUCCAAGCCCAAGCCCAAGCCCAAGCCCUCCCGCCGCACCACCACCUCAUCCAGCAAGAAACCCCGCCGUGAACCCAGCCCGCCCGACGUCGACGACGACGACGACGACGAGGCAGAGGACCCCCCGCCCGCCAACCUCUUCCUCCUCUCGACGCGCGCCGGCGGCCAGGGCAUCAACCUCGCCGCCGCCGACACCGUCGUCCUCUUCGACAGCGACUGGAACCCCCAGCAGGACCUGCAGGCCCAGGACCGCGCCCACCGCAUCGGCCAGACGCGCAACGUGCUCGUCUACCGCCUCGCCACCCGCAACACGGUCGAGACGCAGCUGCUCGACGCGGCCGAGGGGAAGAGGCGGCUGGAGAAGCUGGUGAUUAGGAAGGGGGGGUUGACGCGCGGUGGGGGUGGUGGGGGGAGAGAGGACAGGGAGGGCAGGGAGGAGUUGGAGGAGCUGCAGAGGUUGCUGAGGAGGGAGGAUGGGGUGGCGUGGGAUGUUGGUGGUGGGGGUGGGUUGUUGGGGGAGGAGGAGCUGAGGAUCUUGACGGAUAGGAGGGAGGAGGCGUAUGAUCGGGCGGAGGAGGGGGUGGAUGUUGGUGGGGAGGGGAGGGUGUUCAGGGCUGUGGAGCAGAAGGGAGAUGGGGCGCUGUUGGAGGGGUUGAAGGCUUGA